UUCCUGUCACUCACAGGUGUCAGGUUGGCCCGGCCUCUUUUCUCGGUGAGUCGUUGAUGAAGAGCGCAGCAUCGUCCGGGAACGGGAGGGUUUUAUUUCAUUGUGACAGGAAAUGGAGCUGGAAAGAAGCGAGGAUCCCAUGGAGGGAGACGUGGACACGGACUCGGGUGAAGAGGCGAGGCCGCUGGUGAUGGAGGAGGACUUAAAGGUGAUCUGUGCUAAAGAGAUGGCUCUGCUGUCCCUGAUCGAUAAGACGGGCUACAACAUGGUGCAGGAGAACGGGCAGAGGAAGUACGGAGGUCCACCUCCAGGCUGGGAGGGUCCCGCCCCCCCGCGGGGUUGUGAGGUGUUCGUUGGAAAGAUUCCCAGAGACAUGUACGAGGAUGACCUGGUGCCACUGUUCGAGAAAGCCGGCAGGAUCUACGAGUUCAGACUGAUGAUGGAGUUCAGCGGAGAGAACCGCGGCUACGCCUUCGUCAUGUACACCGACAGAGAAGCAGCGCAGAGAGCCAUCCAGAUGCUGGACAACUACGAGGUGCGCCCUGGGAAGUUCAUCGGCGUGUGCGUGAGUCUGGACAACUGCCGCCUCUUCAUCGGCUCCAUCCCCAAAGACAAGAGGAAGGACGAGAUCAUCGAGGAGAUGAGGAAGGUGACGGACGGCGUGGUGGAUGCGAUCGUGUACCCGAGCACCACAGACAAGAACAGAAAUCGAGGUUUCGCCUUUGUGGAGUACGAGUCCCACAAAGCUGCAGCGAUGGCUCGCAGGAAGCUCAUUCCAGGAACUUUCCAGCUGUGGGGUCACUCCAUCCAGGUCGACUGGGCGGAGCCUGAGAAAGAUGUGGAUGAGGAGGUCAUGCAGCGUGUUAGGGUCCUUUAUGUGCGAAACCUCAUGCUGGAGACGUCGGAGGAAACUCUUCGUCAGGAGUUCUCCCGCUUCAAGCCGGGCUGCGUGGAGAGAGUCAAGAAGCUCACCGACUACGCCUUCGUCCACUACCGCUCUCGCAGCGACACCCUCACCGCGCUCAGCCUCAUGAACGGAGCCCAGAUCGACGGAGCCGCUGUGGAGGUGACGCUGGCCAAACCAGCGGGUGUCAAAGACGGAGGUGCAGCUGGCCGGAAGUGCGGCACCAGAGGUAGUCAGGGAGGAGGAGGAGGGAACGGAGGAAACGGGACAUUUGGGCUGCACAAGAAUGAUGGAGGGAUGAUGGGAAGAGACCCAAUGAGACUGGUGUCCCUGCCACUGACAAACCCCUUCUACAGUGGGAGUCGAGAUGACCUGGAGCGCUGCAUGUACCCCCUGCUGCCCGGCACCCCCCUCACUGGCACCAGCCUGCUGUCGCUCAAGCAGAGUCAGAUCACCUCGGCCGUCAGCCUGCUCGACUUUUACUGCUGCAAAAACUGCUGGUUGCCCCCAGAAUACUACCUGUACUCCACACCAGGGCAGGAUGGAAAGCUUCUGUUACUGUACAAGGUGGUGAUACAAUCCACACGAAGGACGUACAUCCCUGACAAGCUGUGUGCUCUGCUGGAUGAUGCCAAGGAGCUUGCUGCUCAGACCACCCUGUGGAACCUGGACUUGUCUUUUCUGAGCGGAGCAUCUUGCGACUCUCCCAGCAGCAACUCUCCUCCUCUCGCCAUUUCCCCACCUGCUGCCACUGUCACCACUCCAGGUGUCCUGACCUGCGCCAGCCGGGCCUUCGCCUCCUGCCUCCCUCCACCUCCUCCACCACCUCAGUCCCCAUACCCCCUCUCCACCCUGUCUUCUCUCUCAUCGCUCAGCCCUGCCGCCUCUCACACUCAGAGACUCUACAUCAGCCCGCAGUCGCCGUUCUACUGAUGUCAUUUUCUGCCAGAGGCGCUGCCUCGCCUGAAGGUCAGAAGUUAAAGGAAGAUCUACUGAAGGAAAAGUGCGAGGAAGAAAAGGCAGGCUGUGUUUCUUACAAUUACGCUGCACACGGUGUAAUUGUAUUGUUAAUGUGCUUUUUUAAAUUAGAGCCUCUGUUAUGUUAACUUUUGUCCUCCUGUUAUGUGGCGAAGGAGGGGGCAGAGUCACUGUUUUAUCAUCCUCUUCUUCUUCUAGAGGAAUUUUUGUAGCUGCUGACUUCCUUCACAAUCCGACUCUAAAUAUGAAGCUCCAAAACAAAAGACCAUUUUUGUCUUUUCUUAUUUUGUGUGAGCUGCUUUGCAUCCAGGCUGAUUUUAAGCACGAGGAAGAAGGAGGCUCUGCAACAACUUUUGUUGUUGGGCUUUUAGUCUCAUUUAAACUGCAUUCAGCACAAACAGAGGCACAGUUAGUUUCUCAUGGUUUUGUUUCACAUUCUAGUUGUUUAGUGUUCAUAAAGAAAAGUUCAUUUAUCAGUAAUUUCAAAAAAACAACAAUGGGGCGGGGGGUCCUUUUAAAGCGUUGAUCUAUCCAAAAGCAGCCGCCUGAGUAAAUAUCCCCUAAUAUUUAUUAUAUUGGCUUUACAAUUGGAGCUUGCAUUUAAUUAUUAUUUUUUUUAAAUUUACAACUAAAAAAGCAGAAGAAAUCAUAAAAUCAGCAUUUUUAUUUAUAUUCACAAAACAAUUAGUAGUUGCAUGCCUUAGUGAUAAUAUUGAUGGUACUUCUUUAUUUUUGGAGACUUUCAUUGUCAUAACAUUUUAGACCUUUAAUUAAAGGGGGUCCUUAGUUAAUGGCGAAAAAGUAGAAUGUUUAAUAAAAAUCAAUAACUCAGUAUUUCUUUUUUAGUAUUUUAUGUUUUAGAGUUUCUCUUUAUGGGACCCAAAAUUCACUUGUUAUUGGUAAUUACUUCAUUUUUAGGCAAGUUUUCAAUUAAAACUAGUAGUAGUAGUAGUAGUUACUGCCAAAAUAAUCAGCAGAUUGAUCAGUUUAAAAGUACAAUUAUUAAUGGUAGGACUACAGAUAAAUGCUGUUUAUUUUGUUUUGUUCUUUCUUUUGGAGACACUUUGAAAUUCCAAAUAAAAUUUUCUAGAAAUUUUAUAAAUGUUUAAAGGUGAUCCGUUUUACAGAAAGUUGUUACAAAAUUACAGAUUUUGCAUAAAUAUUUGGGAGAUGAGGGCGUGCUGUAUGUUUUUUCUUCUUGCAGUUUUACACUUUUAAAGCAAGCAGAAUUUAUAAAUACUUUUCUGCUGUGCAAUGGGGGAGUUUGAAGUUGAGAGGAGAGAGUUGUACACGGUUCCUUAAUAAAUGAAUUCAAACGCACUGAAAGUUGUGCUUGAAGGUUUGAAAUCGAUCGUUUUUAAGAUCAAAGUAACAGCGGAGUGUUUUAAGUUCAUGUUUUUUCUCUCUUUCUUGAUUAGUUUGACUGAUGCAUGUUGCUUGGACUUUAAAUGUUUUAUAUGUAUUUACAGGGACUGUGUUUGCAUAGUUUUACUUCAUGUUCAUUCCCUUGUUUCAUACAAAGUUCCUGCAACAUAUUGCUCUGCUCGACUUUGUUGAUUUUUAGGAGAAAAGGUUUAAUUUGUGUUUAAAACCAGACAGAAGAUUUUGUUUGUGACAGAGAAUCUGAAUAUUUUUAAUGCAUGUCAGAAUAUUCGUCCCAGUUUUUGUUUUAGUGAAAUCCAAACCAGACAGCAGACUGAAAUCUCUUCAGUCGUGAAUAAGAAAAGCAGAAACAAUAGUGAUAGUAAGUCCAAUCAAAAAUCACGAUAGUGUGUAAAAGAAUAAAUCUUAGUUGCUCCCAAUGUGACCGUAUUUAUUAAAAACAGAUAUGAAGUAUUUCACAGCACUCAAAAACAAAAAGUAAUGAAGGGUUUGCUUAUAAACUUGCCACACAGUUAAAUUUCAAGAACAUGAAGAUAAAGAGUUUUGUGUAUUCAUGUGAAUCUCUGUGUUGUAGUUUAGUCUCAGGAAUCUUGUUUCCAAAAAUUAAACAGUGGGAGUAUUUUGGAAUAAAACCCUGCCACAGUUGAUUCACGUA